AUGAAACUAGACUCUGUUCUGACGAUGGUUGGCGAUUUCGCCGCCAUGAAACGUACGCCUGACUAUAAACCAGUGACACAAGCUUUGGAAACCCGAGUGACGAAAGAACCUGCCGAGGAACACAAUUCUCAACGGAGACACUCGUUACACAUCAGUGUUGGCACGGAAGAGGUACCGAGACUGACUCGUCCACGAUCGGAGUCUUUCUGUUCAUCAUCGCCACCAGUUGAAUCUAAACUCUAUGAAAAGUCCACUCGUCGAGUAUCAGCGCCAUGUCUUUCAACUUCUGGUUCCUCCACCGCUUUGAGAAAGAAACUGCAAAAACUACGUGGACAGAAAUCAAUUGAAAAAGAUGAACACGCUUUAAAAGAGCAGUCCGAAUCAGAAGACGACUCUCCAAGGCAACAGGCAAGUCCCCUUAUAAUGAUUUCUGUACUGAAUUGUCAUUUUAUUUGCUAA